AAACCACACUAGCUCAAUCCCCUCCACCAUUCAUCCUUCACCACAUUCUCACAAGACAAGAGCAAUUCUCAUUCCCUUGUCCUGACUAAACCUCAGACUAAUCUUGGAAUAACUAAAUCCAAGCUACAACAAUGGCAGCAAUUCAGUCAGCAGAGCAAGAGCACCCUGUUCCGGCCUUUGGUUGGGCUGCAAGGGACCAAUCUGGUGUCCUUUCCCCUUUCAAUUUCUCCAGAAGAGCAACAGGGGAGACGGAUGUGAAGUUCAAAGUGCUCUACUGCGGUAUCUGCCACUCCGAUCUCCACAUGAUCAAGAACGAAUGGGGUACCUCCACGUACCCACUGGUCCCCGGCCACGAAAUCGUCGGCCAGGUCACCGAAGUCGGCAGCCAAGUCACAAGAUUCAACCCCGGCGACCGAGUCGGCGUCGGCUGCAUCGUCGCCUCGUGCCGCUCCUGCGACAACUGCAUCGACGACCUCGAAAACUACUGCCCCAAAUACACCCUCACCUAUUCCGGCCUCAGCUCCGACGGCACCAUAACCUACGGCGGCUACUCCGACGUCAUGGUCUGCGACGAGCACUUCGUCCUCCGAAUCCCCGACGCCCUGCCCCUCCAUUCCGCCGCUCCUUUGCGGCGAUAGUCAAAACAUUUUUUUUUUUGUGAUAAUGAUGUGUAAUUUCUUAAAAUUUAAUUUUUAUUUUUUAAUUAUUUUUUAUUUGCCACAUCACAC